CUCGGUGGGGACGGGGAGCAGGCGGAACCCCAAGAAGAGCCCAUUCCAGCACAGCCAGAGCUGUGGGAGCCAUGGAGCAGUACUUCUCAGCCACCCAGAAGAUGGAGCGGGAGGUGAUGUUCCCCAGCCUGCUCCGAGGGGUCUUCCCGCAGCAGGAGGGGGAGGCCCCGGCCGCGGGCGGCCACACGGACCUGUACGAGCGCUACCAGCUCCUCAAGGCCAUCAAGCCCGUGGUGGAGAAAGGCCUGGCCUGUGUCACCGACCAGAGACGAAACAGCGCCGACAUCAUUGUUGACACAUCCUUGGACAGCACCAACACCGAUACAGCCUUAGAUGAGGGUGCAGACAGCAAUCUGGAGGAGCGCCUCUCCCAUCACGUCAAUGGCUUGCAGCAGGUUCUGACGGACCUCACGAAAAACACCAAAGCCCUCACCCGGAGGUACAGCCAGAUCCUGGAGCAGAUCAGCCUCAGCGAUGAUCAGUCCAGCUCUUGAGCCUGCACCCCCCAGCCUCUGAGGGUGAUCCAUCGUUUGCAGCCCAGCAGCACUUUUUCUCCUGCGCCAAGGAACGUCCUUCGUGUGCAGCGCAGGGCUUGGCCGUCUGCUCGCCGGGCACCGCCUGUACCAUCGACCUGCCCUGCGGCCGAUCCUGCCAGUAACCUCGCUGCUUCGUGUACCCUGUCCCAGGGGGAUUUCUGUGGGGCAGAAAUGAGUGUUUUGUGCUAUUGCUUUGUAGUAGGCAUCUGUAACUUUGAAGCAAAACUUUUGUCUGUGUGUGCCUAAACCCCCCCCACCCAUCCGAUCUCUUUGAUAAUGUAUAAUAAAUGAAACACAAAGCCUUG